AUGGGGUACUCCUUGAGGCCAUCCUCAAGAAUUGGAAGAGAUUACUCGGAUCUGGGAUAUGAUUUGGCUUCAAAGGACCGCUUAUCAAGGCCCUUGCCGAUCUCAGAUAUGCAGCCCCAUCAUACGAGGGUGGGCGGUAACAUCCAAUCACAGCAAGGCCCUAUGAAAUCGUCAGGCUCGGAGCUUCCUUUUACAAUCCCAACAGGAGACCAAACCUACUGGAACCGUAAAUUCAACAACCAAAGCCGUCCGAAGGAUCCCUUGGUCCCGAAACGACGCAAACACAGUCCAAAUCAAUCCCAACCCUCCGCGCCCCAACAGAAUAAACUGAUGGGGUACUCCUUGAGGCCAUCCUCAAGAAUUGGAGGAGAUUACUCGGAUCUGGGAUAUGAUUUGGCUUCAAAGGCCCGCUUAUCAAGGCCCUUGCCGAUCUCAGAUAUGCAGCCCCACCAUACGAGGGUGGGCGGUAACAUCCAAUCACAGCAAGGCCCCAUCAAAUCAUCAGGCUCGGUGCUUCCUCUGCAAUCCCAAUGGGUGACCAAACCCACUAGAACCGUAAAGGUUGCAACCAAAGCCGUCUGA